GUGGCUGUGUUUCAGUGAGGAGCAGUUCAGAGAUGCAUUUGAAUCCAUGAAUCCAUACAGAAGUCAUUAGGGAACAACGCUAUGUUUGGAUGUUUCUUCCAAGUACUUCAACAUAGACAAAAAAGGGAGCUGGAUGCACACUGAGUCCAAUGAUGACUGAAGAGGUCUAGAAAAACAUAAUUUAUUUUAUAAAUUGCAUGGUACUUCCAAGUACUUCAGAAUGAAUCUUACAGCAAUGAACCAAACUGAUGGCUGUCAGGAAUAUUUCUGUCCAGAGAGAUCUGUUUCUUUAUCUGACUAUGUGAUUGUGUAUGUGGCAGCAGCAGCUGUGGUUCUUCUGACCGUGUGUGGAAACCUGCUGGUCAUCAUCUCUGUUAGUCACUUCAAGCAGCUCCACACACCUGCUAACAUCCUCAUCCUCUCUUUGGCUGUGUCUGAUCUGCUGGUUGGAGUUUUUGUGAUGCCACUUUAUUUGUCUUGGGUCAUUGAGUCUUGUUGGACUUCUGGACCAGUGAUGUGCUCGGUUUUCAAUUUUGUGACUUUUCAAGUGACAAGCGUGUCUGUUCACACUGUGGCUCUAAUAGCAGUUGAUCGUUUUUUGGCUUUACGUUUACCUUUCGUUUACUCUGAGAAAAUCUCACCCACUGUGAUCUGCAUAGCAACUUUAUUUAACUGGCUGUUUUCACUUUUUUAUAACUUCAUUCUUCUGUUCAUUAAUGGAAACUUCACUGAUGCCAUGUGUCCAGGAGAAUGUGUUUCUUUUGUAGAUGAGAUUUCAUCCCUCAUUGAUCUCCUGGUUGUUUUUCUUAUGCCAUGUACACUCAUCAUAAUAUUAUACACUCAUAUUUUUGUCAUUGCUAAGAAACAUGCGACUGCUAUAAGAGCCCUUCAGGUUCACAACAGCACCUCUAAAAACAGAGUCAGUGACAAAUCAGAGCGAAAAGCUGCGAUUCUGCUGGGGAUUCUGGUCUUUGUGUUUCUUCUGUGUUUACUGCCAUAUUACAUUUGUUCUUUAGUGAUUCCAUAUGAACGUACUGACUUGUUUUAUGUGAGAAAUUUUACUGUAAUAUUGUUCUAUCUUAACUCCACCAUUAAUCCCAUCAUUUAUGCCUUAUUCUAUCCCUGGUUUCAGAAGAGCUUAAAAUUAAUUUUCACAUUAAAAGUCUUUAAUAAAGACUCCUCCCUGAUGAAUGUGCUUGUAAGUGACUGAAUUUAGGACAGAAUCAGACUCUUUUUCCUGUUGUCUAGUUUAAUGUGUUUUAUUAUUUUUUCAUAAUAAACUUUACAGUAAACAUGGAUAGUGCCAGUGGGGAAGUUUCUUUUAUUAUUAUGUUAUAUUGCACUAAUUUCACUUAAUGAAAUAAAUAGAAAUGUUGAACAUAGUGAUUUAUUUAAAGCCUAUACACUAAAUAUAAUGUCUUAAAAGUCUUACUAACAAAAAAAAAGUUUAUAUGUGAUUUUAUAGUGUUUAAAGGUUGUAAUCUAUCUACAUGUUGUUAUGUGAACACCUCAGAGAUUAUAGCUAUUUCAAGCCUCACAAGGCUCAGUUCAUUUCAUUAACUCACAUAAUCAUUCAGAUCAUUCAAUAUUUCUUGUUACAAUACUUUUACAACAGCUGAAUCACAAGAGUCAUAGGCUGCUUCUCAAAUAGAAGGCUGCAUCCUAGUGAGGCUGUAUUCUUCUUAGUCCAGUCCUUCGGAGGCUUGUAGGCUAGAGUUUUCCUCAGCAAUAGAUGCCAGAAAGAGAUGUCCAAUAAGUGCCUAUGGCUGCGUCAUACAUGUUCCCUUCCCCACGGUC